AUGCGCUUUGCUGCCCUUGUUGCUCUCGCCGUCGUAGCCUCGACCGUCCCAAGUCUUGCAGCGCCUGCCCCAUACUCUCUCCAUCGAAUCACUUCCAGACAGGAUACAUCGUCAACGGAUGACAAUACGGUCGUCGAUACAUCUGUACGCAACGGUUUCGCCACUCCCCGGAUAGGGACAGUGAUCCUGCCAGGGGAAAGUCUGUCGCUUGGUUCCAAACGUGACACUACCUCCGAUAUCGUUCAAGCCAUCGCAGCAGCGUUAAACAACUUGCCCUUCGCAAGGAAGCGCGAUAUCACUGCAGACGUCACUGCCGCGCUCCAGGCUAUCCUGCAAGAAGGUAGCUCUGUGCUGAGCAAUAUUAGCGUCAAACGUGACGUUACCUCCGAUAUCGUUCAAGCUAUCGCAGCAGCGUUAAACGACUUGCCCUCCGCAAGGAAGCGCGAUAUCACUGCAGACAUCACUGCCGCGCUCCAGGCUAUCCUGCAAGAAGGUAGCUCUGUGCUGAGCAAUAUUAGCGUCAAACGUGACAUUACCUCCGAUAUCGUUCAAGCCAUCGCAGCAGCGUUAAACGACUUGCCCUCCGCAAGGAAGCGCGAUAUCACUGCAGACAUCACUGCAGCGCUCCAGGCUAUCCUGCAAGGAGGUAGCUCUGUGUUGAGCGAUAUCAACGUCAAACGUGACGCGGACUCCAUCCUUCCCGUCGAAGAGCGCAGCACUGCGUCUACCUGGCUCAAAGAUAUCGGGAGUGUCAUCAGCCUGGGAGCAGGUGUCAAUGAGAUUGUGAACGUCUUUGAUGGCAGCAACAGCACUAAGCGGGACUUGGACCAAACUCCUGACGGAGCUGAUGUCAAUGGAGCUUUGGGUGGACCAACCUACCAAUUCGAAGACCGCAGCUUUACGAUCCCCUCUAGCGUCUCAAGCAUUUUAGGGAAGACGGCGGGGAUUGUUAGUGCGGGAGGUACUAUUGCGACAAUACUGUCUGACCUUGAUGGAAGCAGCAACAGUACAAAGCGCGAGCUUGACACGGACUUGGGACACACUGAUGACCAGAAGCGCGCCUCCUCUGAUAUCGAAAGCAUUCUCCAGCAGAUCAUAGUUGCUUUGGAGGGUGCUGAGGACGCAUUAAAUAGCACUUCUACCUCUACCUCCACCAAGCGGUCUACGAGUUAUAACGAUUUUUUCGGCCUUACAGAUAUCAUUACCCCAGAGCAACUUGACGAGCUUAGCUAA